CGCCCCUAGCACCACCACCUCUGAUCGGCAAAAAUUCUGUCUUUUUUUUUGUAAAAAAUGCCAUUUUCCCUUGAAAAUGGAAUUAUUACUCUUCAUAAUACCAAAAUUGUCAAUGAAUUUACCAUUAUUAUGACAUUACUAAAAAUGUUGGCAGAUUUCUAACAGGUGAUGGGAGCUGUUGGUGCUGGCAGAUUGGCAACUUUUUUUUACGUUAUAUAUAUAUUUUUAAUUUUUUAUUUUUAUUAACAUUGUAUAAUUUUUUAUUAUUUUUCUACAUUUUUAUUAUAUUUUUUUACGUUUUUUAAAAGCUACAGGGGUAUUUUGUCCAAACACACAUAAAUAGUCCUAUUUGUGCUUUUGAGCCACUUUUUUGUCAUAUUCAGGUAAUUAACUCUUCAAAAACUCAAUUAUUAUUACUUUUUAAUAUUUUUUCAUCAGCCUUUUCUUACUUCUCCCCUCUCAGCUAUUUUUUACACUAUCUUUUACCCAUAUUAUUUUUUCAUUGGUAUGUAUGACUAUGAAGUUGUAAAAAAUAUGUACAAGAAUGCCCAGACCAAUCUGGGUUGGAGUGGUAAGGUAACGCACCACUAUUUUUUGGGCAAUCAAAUUGCGACUAAAAUUAAGACAGGAUUGGUCGGGGAAACAUGCACGAUAAAUAAAAAGAAAAAAAAGGAGAUAAGGGUAAAAAGGAUAUAGGAAGGGGUCAUUUCCGAUUUUCCGGCAAAUGCUCCGUACAAGUUACCACAGCUCCCCGUAAUUGGCUGAAGAUACGUGUAAUUAAAACUGGUCCCACACGGGGUACCCACCACUCCCUUAUCUCCACGUCACUUUGACCCUUUUCCGCCCGAAAUCUCGUCCGUCUUUUUCAGAUCCAACGGCAGCCCAGCUCAUGUUCUAGACUUUUCCUCCAAGCCACUGUAACAAUAUCUAACCAUGGUUAUCGUCCAUCUAACCAUGAUUUACGCUCUGCAUUUCCUUCACUGUUAUUUCUAGUGCGAGAUUGGAUGUAAAUCCACUGCUUACUUCAAUAUUUAUACAGACAGAGAGGGCCGAAGUUAUCUUCGUCUAGAUAUAGACGUAUAGAGAGAUAGAGAGAACUGAACGAACAUUUUAGAGAGGGAAAACCAUCGCCAGCCGCCAAGGACUGGAGAACUAGGGUUCUUUUGGCUCGUACGGCCGUACCUGUCCGCGAAUCCUCACUCUGCUGUUUCCGCGCUGUAUACGUUGAGUUUCCGUGUUCUGAGUUCCGGGGGCCGGAAAAGGGGCAAACUAUCGGAUCCUUCAUCUGUCUCUCAGAUCUGAUCUUUAGAUUGGAGCUCUCGCUCAGUCUUCUGUAGGCAGAUGGAUCUUUCAAUGUAGUUAUUGGGAUUCGUUCGCUUCCUCUCUUCUGAUUUUCUGUCCCCUGUCAUCAGCUGUUUUGCCAAAUCGCUGAUUUUCUUUGCUUUGCACCUGUGUGCCUCUUUGAAUGAUUGUUUCUGGAUUGAGUGAAUAUUUGGUUCAAUCACAAUCGGCUUCUGAGUUGGGCUCUCAAUUGAGAGUGCGGGGUAGGCUACUCUCUGCAGUUUCCAUCUCUGUUGCCGGUUGUGAGAUCCUUCUUUCUCUUGUCCUAUGAUGUCUCCUAACUUGGACAGUCCCGUUCAGACCCAGAUGGCCGUGGUACCCUUAAGAAUCCCACUUGUUGGGGAAUACCCUGUAAACAAGAGGAUGGAUGGAAAACCUACGACUGGAAGGAGACGCGUAUUCAUUCAAACAGAUUCUGGAUGUGUUCUGGGCAUGGAGCUAGAUCGCAGUGACAAUGCACAUACUGUUAAAAGGAGAUUGCAGAUUGCCCUCAAUUUCCCAAUCGAGGAGAGUUCUUUGACUUUUGGUGAUAUGGUUUUGAACAAUGAUCUCAGUGCAAUUCGGAAUGAUUCCCCUCUACUUUUGACUAGGAACACUUUGCAUAGAAGUUCAUCAACACCCUGCCUUUCUCCCACCGGCAGGGAUAUCCAACACAGGGAUUGGAGUGGUCCAAUUGAGAUAUUGGGGAACUCUAGCAGCUUUGCAAAGACAAAACAGACUGUCAAGGAAAUUGUUAAGGCAAUGAAGGCAGGAGUUGAACCCCUUCCCGUCAACGGUGGACUUGGAGGAGCGUACUAUUUUAGAAACAGCAGAGGGGAGAGCGUUGCUAUUGUGAAGCCAACAGAUGAAGAACCCUAUGCUCCCAACAACCCAAAAGGAUUUGUGGGAAAAGGUCUUGGGCAGCCUGGCUUGAAACGGUCAGUUAGGGUUGGUGAAACAGGUUUCAGAGAGGUUGCUGCAUAUCUUCUUGACUAUGAUCAUUUUGCCAAUGUCCCACCAACAGCUUUGGUGAAAAUCACACAUUCAAUAUUUAAUGUGAACGAUGGUGUGAAUGGAAACAAGCAUAUUAACAACAAGAAGAAGCGUUUUGUUAGCAAGAUUGCAUCUUUUCAGCAGUUCAUCCCUCAUGAUUUUGAUGCCAGCGACCAUGGAACCUCAAGCUUCCCGGUUUCUGCUGUGCACCGGAUUGGGAUAUUAGAUGUUAGGAUUUUUAACACAGAUAGACAUGCCGGAAAUCUUCUAGUCAGGAAACUUGAUGGUAUUGGUGGGUUUGGUCAGGUGGAACUAAUUCCCAUUGAUCAUGGGCUGUGUUUACCAGAAAACUUGGAGGAUCCAUAUUUUGAGUGGAUUCAUUGGCCACAGGCUUCCAUUCCAUUCUCUGAUGAUGAGCUUGACUAUAUAGAUAGACUUGACCCUAUAAAAGACUCUGAGAUGCUGCGAACCGAGCUACCUAUGAUUCGUGAAGCCUGUCUUCGAGUCUUGACCCUGUCCACCAUUUUCCUCAAGGAAGCAGCUUCCUAUGGACUGUGCCUUGCUGAGAUUGGUGAAAUGAUGAGUAGAGAAUUCCGUAGUGGCGAAGAGGAACCAAGUGAGCUUGAAGUUGUUUGCAUCGAGGCUAGAAGGCUGGUUGCUGAGAAGGAAUUACUCCCCGCACUUGGUUCUGUAGUUGACGAUGAUGAGUUUCAGUUCGAGAUAGAUUAUGAAGAAGAUAUCACCGAACUCUAUUUUAAUCCGAAAAUGCCCUUCUCUGAUUUUACAAGCAAGAAUCAUUUUCAUGCUUCGCUGUCAAAACUGGAUGAAAGCAUUGAGGAGGAAGAGGAGAGCUGCGAGGAAGAGAAGAAGAUUUCCACCAAGAAUGCAACUGUUUUAAAGCUAUCCACUUCUCUUAAGAAAACCAGUUUGCUAGGAGGACCAAAGCCAGAGAGCUCAUCAUCAUCUUCUGGUCACCGUAGUGCAAAUGAGCAGCUUCCCGCGAGUGCCAGUUUUGUCAAGCUGUCAGAUAUGAACGAGGAAGAGUGGGGGGUAUUUCUAGAGAAGUUUCUAGAGCUGUUGCCACCAGCCUUUGGGAAGAGGAAGUCGGUGACUCUUGGUCAGAGGCAGAGGCAGAGGCUUGGAACUUCAUGCCAGUUUUGAGGCAUUUUUACUGUCUCUCACUUAUUAGUGCACACUGGGAGUAGUAAUAAGAAUUUCCAGGCUUGUUGAAGCAAGAGAAAAGAUAGAUUCCUAUCUCCCCUGAAUAUGGAGGCAGUAAGGAGCAGUAGUGUUUUAGUAGGGCUGUUUUCUCCUUUUUUGUAAAUAUUGCUGGAGGGUAGCAAGCUUGGGGGGAAGCGGGUUAGACUUGGUUGCAUUUAUUUGUUACACAUCUUUCUUUCUUUCUUUUUCUUUCCUCUCCUUUCGCCUUGUUACUGAGAAGAUAUGUUGGAUAAAUAAUUUGGGGACUCCCAAAACACAAAAAAAAACUUUAUGUAGAUAGCUGCUCAAUCUCUGUGUUUGUUCAGAGACGUGUCUAAUAUCGACUGUUGAAUUACUAGGCUUUUUCCCUAAUAACAUGCCAUCUCUGGCCCUGAGUGCCGUUUGAAUUGGCUACUUGCUAGAUUGGGAUCCGAAGAUUGUUUAGUUUCCAUGACUUAAUUCAAGAUUGAAUUACUA